AUGGCUCCAGAUUUGAAUGCUGUUACUGGUGGCGAAAGAUUCGAMUACUCGAAGCCGGGAUCAAGCGGAUAUGACAUCAAGCAGGAUAUCACCUGGAAUGAUCCGAAUAACCGGAAACUCCGAGUUCUGACCAUAGGUGGAGGUGUAUCUGGUAUCUUGAUGGCCUAUUCAAUCCAGAAGCUUUGCGAGAACGUUGAGCACGUUGUAUACGAGAAGAAUGCAGACAUUGGAGGAACAUGGCUAGAGAAUCGUUACCCGGGAUGUGCCUGCGACAUCCCAAGCCAUGCAUACACGUACUCAUGGGCGCUGAACCCGGACUGGCCUCGUUUUUUCAGCUAUGCCCCGGACAUUUGGAAGUACUUGGACAAAGUCUGCAACACAUUUGAUCUCAGAAAGUACAUGACCUUCAACACCGAGGUUAUUGGAGCGUACUGGAACGAAGAGAAGGGGCAGUGGAAUGUGAAGCUCAGACAGACUCAACCUGGACAGCAACCAAGAGAAUUCGAGGACUAUUGCGACCUCUUGCUUCACGGUACCGGCAUUCUGAACAACUUCAAGUGGCCUGCGAUUCCAGGCCUAAAGGACAAGUUCAAGGGCAAGGUCGUCCAUACAGCCAGGUGGCCAAGCGACUAUCAGGCAGAACAAUGGAAGAACGAUGACAUUGCAGUCAUCGGUUCUGGCGCGUCUUCCAUCCAAACUGUACCCGCAAUGCAGCCGCACGCGAAACACAUUGACGUUUUCGUCAGGACUGGGGUCUGGUUCGUCCAGAUUGCCAAUAACUUUGGUCAAAACAAGGAGUAUAGCCAAGAAGAGAGAGACACUUUCCGCAACGAUCCCAAGAGUUUGGUGGCUCACGCAAAGGAUAUCGAGGAUCAAGUCAACGGGCUCUGGGGAACCUUCUACUCCGACACGGCCGAACAAAAGGAAAGCCAAGAGCUCUUCUCAAAGAGAAUGGCAGAGUUCAUCAAAGAUGAACGACUUUUGAAGGGGUUCACCCCUAACUUUGGCAUUGGAUGUCGUCGUGUCACACCUGGAGAUCCAUACAUGAUGGCCAUCCAGAAUCCCAACAUCGACGUUCACUUUACUGCUGUAGCCAGCUGCACCGAGGACGGUGUUGUUGGGGAGGACGGUACGGAGCGUAAGGUGGACACAAUAGUGUGCGCUACUGGUUUUGACGUCUCGUACCGCCCACGAUUCCCGAUUAUCGGCAGAAACGGUGUUGACCUGAAGGAUAAGUGGAGCGUCUGUCCGGAGGCAUACUUGGGUUUGGCGAUCCCCGACUUUCCCAACCUCAUAACUUUCAUUGGUCCUGCUUGGCCCGUGGAGAAUGGAAGCGUUAUGGGUCCAUUGCAGAAUGUCGCAGACUAUACCGUCCAAAUCAUCAAGAAGAUGCAGAACGAGAACAUCAAAAGCUGGGAGCCAAAGCAGGACAUCACCGAUCAGUUCAACGCUCACGUACAGGAGUGGAUCAAGCAUACCGUCUGGAAGGAGUCUUGUCGCUCGUGGUACAAAGACAACGAUACUGGUCGCGUCAAUGCAAUCUGGCCGGGCUCAUCGCUGCACUAUCAACAAGUCAUUGCAUCACCUCGUUACGAAGAUUUCAAUAUCCAAUACUUUGACAAGAAUAUCUGGGCAUCUUUGGGUAUGGGUUUUACGAUUGAGAAUCGUAAGGGAGUGGGAAAUGCAGACUGCAGCCCUUAUAUCAAUUUGAACCACAUUGAUAGGAAGUGGCACGUAGCGAAUGGCGGUGACGAAAAGGUUUUGGACCAGCUUGUUGCAGAGCACAAUGCGAAGCUGGAGAAGUAG